AUGGAGGGGCUGCGGCGGGGCCUGUGGCGCUGGAAGCGCUUCCACAUCAAGGUGCACCUGGCGGACGAGGCGCUGCUGCUGCCGCUCACCGUGCGCCCGCGCGACACGCUCAGCGACCUGCGCGCCCAGCUCGUGGGCCGGGGCGUGUGCUCCUGGCGCCGCGCCUUCUACUACAACGCCCGCCGCCUGGACGACCACCAGACGGUGCACGACGCGCGCCUGCAGGACGGCGCGGUGCUGCUGCUCGUGCGCGAGCCCAGGUAGUCUGCCUGGAGGCGGUGGCCAUGACCCAGCGGACCCGAGGUGCCGGCUGAAGGAGCAGCUGGGGCGGGAGCCUGGCCCUCGAUCCCAGUAAGUCCCUUUGGUGCUUCGGGUGCAGAAGGGACCUCCCAGACUGUAGAGGCCACAGAUGGGGAAACUGAGGCCGGGAGAGGAGAAGGGACUCAGCUUUGUGGCCGACCCCACCCUCCACAACCCUGUGCUUCUGGCCCCUGGGGCAGGGACGCCGUGCUCACCUGGAGACUAACGUGCGCUGACCUGCUGUGUGACCCUGGGCAAGUUGCUUCUCCUCUCUGGGCUCGGGCACCCGCUGCUUCUGUUGCAAGAAUGGGCUUUGAUUGGCAGGUGGGGCCUCCUCGUGCUCUUUGCCUGCAAAUCCCACGACUGCCACCAGGUGACUCCAGACAGCGACGCGGCCGGGGGUCCCUCCUGGGGUCCCAGGGCCACCGGGAAGGAGGUGGCUCAGGGGUUCUGGUUCCGACCGCUCGGCCACUCCUGACGCAGCCCCUGUCCCUGUCGCCGGCCUCGGACGUCGCUGCCCCAGCCCUGCCAGCCGUGCCGUGUGACCCUGAGGCCGCUGUGGGCACCGCCGUCCACCCGGGGCGGCUCCCAGGGGCAGCGGGGCGUGUCGCUGGGCCCUUGGCUCAAGCCGUGUCCCCGCUGGAAGCCCCUUCCGUGCGCCUCCUCCAGGAAGUCCUCCCGGGUUCCCAGCCAGGGGGCCCCUGUCCCCUUUUGGGUCCCCACAAGUCCCCUCUGCUGUGAACAGCCUUGGCUGGGGUGGGGGGUGCAGCCAGUGACUCCGGGGGCCUCAGAUGACUCGAGGUGGAGACGGGGGGACCCCAGCCCUCGGCCAGCUCUCCAGCGACACCCCACGGCCACCCCCUUCCACUGCCUGGUCCCCUGCAUGGGGUCUCGGCGGGGACAUCUCUCCUCGGGCCAAGAGAGAAGGGAGGGACCCCCCUGCCUUCCAGGGAUCCCCCUUCACAGUGUGGCAUGGGUGACCCGGUUCUGCCUGUCCCCCGGCCCCCUUGGGGUCCCUCCUCCAGCGGGGCAGUGGGUAAACUGAGGCCUCAGGUGACGGCUGGGCCCCUCCUUUGCACCGCCCCCUGUGCACACUUGGGGACCUGCCCCCCAGGGCCUGGCGGGAAAGUGGGGCCUUUCAUAACCACCCCGCUCCCUUCCUGGGCCCCACUGUGGCCGGGGUCUGUGCCUCAACUUACCCCACACUGCCAGUUGUCCCCCGCGGUCAUGGGGGCCGUGACCACGACCUGUUUUACAGAUGGGGGCGUCCCAGGCCACCCCUCCUCCUCGGGUACUGCCCCAGCAGCCCCUGAACCCCGGGGUCCCCAGCCCAGAUGGGGCCCCGAUGGGGGGAGGGGAGGGCUGCCUGCGGGUGGGGGCGGGGGACACGUUUUCAGGCCGUUUUGACAUUUAACAAACAGUAUGCAAAUCGCAUACAAAUCAGCACCCGUUUCUUAAGCCCCGACAGCGCAGGCGUGUUCGGAAGUCACAAUGUUGGACCUGUCGCUUCCGCCCCUUGGCGGUGGCCUGGCGGACGGGGGCAGAGGCUAACCCCUCCACCACCCUUCUUCCCAUUUUCCAUUUUCUCCUUCACAUUGUCCGUCGAAGGCGUCCCGGUCCUCAGAGGGACACAACCAGCAAAAGUGGCUGCCGGCAUCCCCAUUUUCCAGAUGGGGAAACUGAGGCACGGAGGGGCACGAGCCUGGCCUGAGGUCUCAGAGCCGCAGUGUGGAAAGUGUCCUCCGCUGAGCAUCAUCCUGGACCCGAGUGGACGGUGCCAGUGACCCAAGGGGGAGAGAUGACAGCCUCUGGAGCAGGCCCACCAAGGCCUGGCAGAGGGCUGUCCCCAGGUUUCUUGAGCUUGGAUCUGGGGGAAUCGCCCAUUGGCUCACCCUGCUCCUCCGGUCCUUCUUUCUCUUGCUCCUCCAUCAGCCUGUUCCUUGGAUUCCGGCCACACAGCCCCUCUGCUCCGUUUGCAGGUGGCAAGCUCCUAUUCAUCCUUCAAAACCCUGGCUCCAAUGCCCCCUUCUUUCUGCAGCCCUUUCUGCUCUUCCCAGAACAGUCUUCACUUCCUUCUGGGCAUCUGUCACCAAGAUCUCUCUGUCUCUGGUCCAGCCCUGACCCCUGGGGAGUCUGUGUGUCCUCUGGGUCUGAGGAGUGGCCUCUGGGGCCCAGGGCCACCUCGGUUGGGACUGGGGACCAAGGGGCCGUCCUGGAGUGUGAACUGAGUAAAAGAUUCAGUGUUUAAAACAAA